UUUCUAUAGGUUACUUAUUUCUUUUCUUCUGACAUAGCACGAUAAUUUUGUCGAUUUAAAUAACCCGAUAAUUUCUUUUCUAUCGCCUCCAAAACACUGUCAGUUAGCCGAUACUUUUCUCUGAAUGUAAUGUUACCAUUAUUACCUAACUUAUGCGUAAUGAUAAAAGGAUCGUACCUUCCAUCCACUAAAGUAUAUUGAUUUUUGUGCAUUCAUUUAAGUAAGUCUUCUACAUUUUUUUUCUUCGGCUAUUUGAGUUUAAUAUUUUAUCUGCAGGUGCCUGUCGGUAGGGUUCACCGACAUUUCCGCGCAUGUGGUACUACCGCGCCGAAACCUAUGCCUAAAAGAGUGCACGAGGCAAAUGAUAUGGUUUUAAGAAAAGAUUUGCCUGUGAAACUUGCCAAGAUAUACAUAUAGGUUUAGUAGGUAUCACAAACUUUACUAAGACAUAGCCUACCAUGAUCUACCAGGUCUUGCUUGCUUUUUUCUGUGUAUUUCUGUCCUCAUCCUCUUUUAGGGAGUGCGCCCUGCGUGUACGCUUUGCCUUCACUCUCAUUCAGUCGUUGCGCUCUGUAUGGAUGUUAUCGUCCUCAGCCUCAUCUUCAAAAACAUUUAUUUUGUUCGUAAAUAUUGCCGUAGUAGUUACUGGUUAACUGGAUACAAACCUAUUGGGUACUGAGUUAAUUGUGAUUAGUGUGCAUAUAAUAAGCUUCUGAUAUUCACACAACGUGAUGGCAUCGAUUAGGUGUCUUUACGCACGCGAUGCUUACAAGUGUCUAUUAUAUUUCAAUAAAAAAACUUUUCGAAAAUUCUUUAAAGACUCUAUUUUGGAAUGAAUUAUAGCUGACUUUGUACAUGAAUCGUGACUUAGUUCACUUAAAAAUUGAAAAGACAAGAGAAUUUAGAAAAGACUUUAAAAUAGAUGGAAUGAUCGAUUUUCUUUCGAUGUAAUAAUUGAAUAAUCAUCUAGAGUGUCUUUUUAGUAUAUUCUUGAUCUUCUGUCAUAUUUGAUGCAUUUCUGAUUUGUUUUAUAAUGAGAAACUAUUUUUUGAUAAAAUUGAUGUAUUUAAAUAUGUUUUAAUUAGUUAAUGGUGAAAUGGAAAGUUUUCAUAUAUUGAUAAGUGCAGAUAUGAUAAUUUCCAUGAAAGAAUUUUUCACUUAUGUAAUUCCAUCUGAUGAUGAAACAAUACCUAAUAAAUUGAUGGGAUUAAAUGAUCGUCAAUUAAGUCUUCCAUCUCCAGCUAAAUCAGUAUCACAAUAUAAAUCAUUAGAUCACCAAAGAUCUUCUUUAUUGACAACCAGUGAAAAUGAUCAACCUCGACGAAAACAUUCUGCUAGAUCUGAUGUUGAUACAAAUGUGAAAAUCGAAGUUAAACCAUCACAAUUAAUAUUAUUUGAAGAUCAAAAUAAUAAUAAUUCGAAUUGUCUUGUACUUAAUUUUUCAUUCUUAAUGCAAUUGAUCAAUAAUGGUGAUGAUACAAAAAUUUCAUCUUCAAUAAAAGAUUUAGCUUUUUAUGGUUCAAAUUUUCAACAAUUAAAAGAUUCAAAAAUGAAAUAUUCCAUUUUAAAACGUUCUGAAAUAAAUGCAAUGAUUAUGAUGAAUUCUGAUGAACAAAAAAUCGAUUUAAAUAUUGGAGAUUUAACUAUUAAUAUUGAUCCAGCACUUAUUAAAACAUUUGCUCAUUUAUCAAGUUCAAUUAAUAAAAAACAAGAACAAGUUCAUCCAAAAGAAGAAAAAGAGAAAAUAAAUUCAAAAUCAAUAUUUGAUCCAAAACCAUUUAAAGAUUCAACUUUUUGGUUUAUUCAAAAUUCUGAAGAAAAAAAAGAAUUAAUGGAAGAUUUAGAUUUAUUAGAAAUAACAACAGGUUUACCGUCACAAAAGAAAAACGAAUUAAAACAAAAAGAAAAAGAAAAAUCUAUUCAAAAAUAUCAAAAUCUUUCUCAAGAAUUAAUUGUUAAUUUAAAAAUAAUUCAAAUUCAACUUGAACUUGGUAAAGGUGAUGCAACAAGACCAGUUGUUGCGCUUUGUUUAUCAAAUAUAUUUGCUCAAAUUGAAAAUUGGUCUACCGAUAUUCUUGUAAAUUCGUCAGUUCAACUUGAAUUAGCUUUAUUUAAUGAUCAUUUACUUGCAUGGGAACCAUUAAUUGAACCAAUUAUUGAUGAACGUGGAAUUGUUCAAUGUCCAUGGACAAUUACUUGUGAAACUCUUCAAGAUAAAGAAGAUGAAAAUGAUCCGAAGGUACAAAUAUAUUUACAUAUUAUUCAGAACAAUUUAAGAUCAACCUCUUUUGACUAG